UUCUCUUGUGAUUUCUCACAAUCUGAUCCUCGAAAAUUGAUUACUCCUCUUCGCCGUCGUGUCUCCGCCGUGAUGAAAAACGGAAAACUCAUUAACUGGGCGGAGCUGCCGUCGGAUUUGAUCUCUUCGAUUCUGGUCCGUCUUAGCGUGGCGGAGAGACUGCAAAACGCUGGGAACGUGUGCAGAUCGUGGCGACGCGCCUGCCAAGAGCCUUCGAUUUGGCUGAGAAUCGACGUGUCUCGAUUCCCGAGAAACAUCGAUGAAGCCAUGUGCCGUCGCGCCGUUGAUCUAAGCCAGGGCGGCUUGCUUGAGAUCAACAUUGAGGAUUUCGGCACCGAUUCUCUCCUCACCUACAUCGCCGACAGAUCAAGAAAUCUGAAACGCCUUGGACUUGUAAACGUCAAUCAAAUAACGGGAAUGGGAAUUUCAAAAGCAGCCAUGAAACUACCAUUGCUUGAAUACCUCGAGGUUACGAAUCCGUAUACGGAAGAACUGGAUUUGAGAGGUCUAGGCCUCUCUUGCCCAAACCUCAAGACAUUGAAGCUAAACAAUAUGGGUUGCGUCUUCAACUUGAGCAACGAGUGUGACGAUGAUGCUUUAGCAAUCGCUGAAACAAUGCCCGGUUUACGACACCUCCAGCUUACCAAGAACCGGUUAUCAAACGCCGGUGUUAACGCCAUUCUUGAGAACUGUCCUCGCCUGGAACGCUUUGAUUUACACAGAUGCAUCUUCGUCAACCUUGUCCCAGCAUCUGCAGAAUCAAAUGUUAUGAGAGGAUCAAAGGUUUUCUAAUAUAUAUCUCUCUCUCUCAGGCAAGGAUUUAUGUUUGUGUUAUAAGAAUGCUUUAGAGAAGCCUGAAAUUGAAUAAACAACAUAUAUUAUACUUCUUCUUGGUGAAUUUAUAAUGAUUAUCAAAGGUUUUACAUGU